UCGGCUCUACCUUGUUGGCGGAUAAGACCAGGACUGGCAUGCGACCUCACCCGAUAGUUGUCGUCAACGACGAUGAACAGGACGUGGCUUGGGGUGCGGUGACUUUGGCGUUCUUGUACAGGCAGCUCGGAAUGGCAUCUAGGGCUGGUUGCAAGACCAUUGCUGGAUGCCUCACAUUGCUCCAGACAUGGAUCUAUGAGUACUUCCCCGCUUUCCGCCCUCAUCCUCGCCGAGAUGAUGUGCCAAACACGACUAGGGCGGAGAUGUGGACGCCGAAGAAAGUAGGUCGUGAGCUGGACAGGUUGAUAUCAUUCCGCAAGGUUCUGGACUCAAUGACAGAGACUCAGGUUGAAUGGACUCCCUACAAUUGUGGAGCUGCUGCGUUGCUGAAUGAGCACCCACGCACCACAGUCAUCGGGGGUAUCACCUGCUUUGAUGUUGUGGAGGUGUAUUUGCCGGAGCGGGCAUUGCGACAGAUUGGGUUCGUGCAGUCUAUUCCUCCAGCUCCUAUGAGACCAGCCAAGGCUCUUCGACCGGCACACGGAACCUACUCCGUGACCUUUCCUUCUUCUGCUGCUGCAUUUGUGGAGGCGUGGAGUAGGUUCCCCUACAGUGGCCGCCUUGUUGAGCAGGGACUUCGACGGGCUACUUUUCCUUCAGAGACUGAACCUAAUUACGUUGAAUGGUUCAGAGUUUGCUCGCACCCGUACAUAUCCCGAGACGAAUUGCUGGCUUCCGGUCCUGGUCCUGGUCAGAGCAGAUGUGAUUACUUCGCGAAAGAAUGGGUCAGUCGAUUCUCUCCAGUGGCAAGACUACCUACGCGGCUUGCGGAUUUGAACUCCCGUCAACGACAUGCGUUAGAAAUAUACCUUAAUGAUUGUAGAGAAUUAUAUGAUCAAUGGCAAACUGAUCAAGGGCAAGGCCCUGAAUAGUCUGUACUGAAACUAUUUUACAUUAUUUAUUGCAUUUAAUU